AUGUCUGGCGCAAGGCAUUGGGAGCAGGAUAAGGAGGCUACUGUCUACAUUGGAAACCUAGACGAGCGCGCUUCGGAUAGUCUAGUAUGGGAACUCAUGCUCCAGGCUGGUCGCAUCGUUAAUGUUCAUUUGCCCAAAGACCGCGUUACCCAGUCGCACCAAGGGUAUGGCUUCGUGGAGUUCAUCAGCGAGGAUGAUGCGGAGUAUGCAUCAAGGAUAAUGAAUGGAAUUCGGCUUUUUGGAAAACCUAUUCGUGUGAAUAAGGCCUCGGCCGACAAACAAAAGUCCGUGGAGAUCGGCGCAGAGCUCUUUGUUGGUAACCUCGAUCCAAUGGUCUCUGAGCAAGUCCUUUUCGAUACUUUUAGUCGCUUUGGAAACCUUGUCAAUCUCCCCAAGAUCGCUCGCGACGACAAUAACCUAUCCAAAGGUUAUGGCUUCGUCUCAUUCGCCGACUUCGAGUCCUCUGACGCUGCGAUUACCAACAUGAAUGGCCAAUAUUUGAUGAACAAGCAAGUAUCGGUGCAAUAUGCUUACAAGAAAGACGGGAAAGGCGAAAGGCACGGUGACGAGGCUGAACGCACGUUGGCUGCGCAGGCUCGAAAGCAUAAUGUUCAACCACCAACUCAACAAGGGUCUUCCGCUUCGAUAUCCGGGGGAGGGCCAGCCUCCGUUGCAACCCCGGCAAUACCUAACGGUGAUAAUUCUCGGCCAGUGAGUACUACCCCCCAGAUAUCCGAGCUUGGCACGGGCCGAGGAAUGCCACCGCUAGGUUAUCAAGGUAUCUCCGUACAGGCUCGACCUGCUCCAAAUGCCCCAGCACUCACUACUCCACCCCCGGGCUUACCCGCUCGUCCACCGCCAUCCCAGGCUGGAUACGGCGGUCCUCAAACUUUUAUGCCCCCUGGAUUUAAUGGCGCGGGGCAACAAAAUUUUGCACCCCAAAGUGCACCGCCGCCUGGAUUUUCUCCGCCUGGCUUUGGCCCUCCAGCUGGUACACCAGGCGCAUCUCCCUCACUGCCGCCGGGUUUUCAGCAGCCAGGGUACGGGGGUGGCCAUUGA